CUUGGCUGAUUCAUUGAUAAAUUUUCCAAAUCUGAAUCUCCCCACCAACACGCAGCCAGAAAAAGAAAACAAAUCCCGGCAGGAGAGCGAUCGGAAAAGCGAUUAGAGAUGGAUAGCACCGAGUUUCGGAAACGUGGCAUGGAAAUGGUCGAGUACAUCUGCAACUAUCUGGAGACGCUGAACGAGCGCCGAGUCACGCCCAGCGUGGAGCCGGGCUAUCUGCGGCAUCUGUUGCCAACUGAGGCGCCUCAGGAGCCCGAGGACUGGGACCGGAUCAUGGCCGACGUCGAGGACAAAAUCAUGCCCGGGGUGACCCACUGGCAGCACCCCCGUUUCCACGCCUACUUCCCGGCGGGCAACUCCUUUCCCUCGAUCCUGGGCGAUAUGCUGGGCGACGGCAUCGGCUGCAUUGGCUUCUCCUGGGCGGCCAGUCCCGCCUGCACCGAGCUAGAGACAAUAGUCCUCGACUGGCUGGGCAAGGCCAUCGGGCUGCCGGACCACUUUCUGGCCCUAAAGGAGGGCAGCACUGGCGGAGGGGUCAUCCAGACUUCCGCCUCGGAGUGCGUCCUGGUCACGAUGCUAGCCGCCAGGGCACAGGCCCUGAAGCGCCUGAAGGCGCAGCAUCCGUUCGUGGAGGAGGGCCACCUGCUGUCCAAGCUGAUGGCCUACUGCUCCAAGGAGGCGCAUAGCUGCGUGGAGAAGGCGGCCAUGAUCUGCUUUGUCAAGCUGCGCAUCCUGGAGCCGGACGAAAACGCCAGCCUGCGCGGCCAGACCAUCAACGAGGCUAUGGAGGAGGAUGAGCUGCAGGGCCUGGUGCCGUUCUUCGUCUCCACCACGCUGGGCACCACCGGCUCCUGUGCGUUCGACAAUCUGCCGGAGAUUGGCAAGCAGCUGCAGCGCUUCCCCGGAGUCUGGCUUCACGUGGAUGCCGCCUAUGCGGGCAACAGCUUUAUCUGCCCGGAGCUGAAGCCGCUCUUGAAGGGCAUCGAAUACGCCGACUCAUUCAACACGAACCCCAACAAAUGGCUGCUGACCAACUUCGACUGCUCGACCCUGUGGGUGCGGGACCGCAUCCGCCUGACAUCAGCCCUGGUGGUGGAUCCGCUGUACCUCAAGCACGGCUACUCGGAUGCGGCCAUCGACUAUCGUCAUUGGGGAGUUCCACUCAGCCGCCGGUUCCGAUCGCUGAAACUGUGGUUUGUGCUGCGAUCUUAUGGGAUUUCCGGACUACAGCACUACAUACGUCACCAUAUCAAGCUGGCCAAGCGGUUCGAGGAGCUGGUGCUCAAAGACAAACGGUUCGAGAUCUGUAACCAAGUCAAGCUUGGCCUGGUGUGCUUCAGACUAGUGGGCAGCGACAAGCUCAACGAAAAACUUCUAAGCAUCAUCAACGAGUCGGGGAAGCUGCACAUGGUUCCGGCCAGUGUGAACGAUCGAUACAUAAUCCGUUUCUGCGCCGUGGCCCAGAAUGCGACUGCCGAGGACAUCGACUACGCCUGGGACACCAUCGUGGACUUUGCCAACGAGCUCUUGGAGAAGGAGCAGCAUGACGAGCUGUCCGAGAUCAUGAACCGCAAGAAGCAGGACACGCUGGCCCAGAAGAGGUCCUUCUUCGUUCGCAUGGUCAGUGACCCGAAGAUCUACAACCCGGCCAUCAACAAGGCCGGCACCCCGAAGCUGUCCAUGGAGCUGCCGUCGCCGGUGGUGAGUCGCGGCAGUGCCCCGAUCAUUCGGACUCAGAGUUCCGUGGACCACAACUCGUGGAUAUCUUGGCCGCUGGCUUUCCUCUUUUACGGCAACAACGAGGACAAGGGCAGCAACGUGUCCCUACGCUUUCGUCACUUGGACACCAACGUGCGGACAUCGUCUUCGCGACGGAACUCCGGGGCUGGCUCCUCUCCCUCGCCGGAGAACGAGCAGGACUACGUGAAUGUCCAGCAACAGCAGCAGGAGCAGAAGUCGCCCCGGCGGUCGCCGAUGGUGGUGCGCAAGGCGUCCAGCUCGCGGGACACCCCCAACUAGACCCAUCCCGCAGAUAUGCCCAUAUUCACAUGUAUAGCACAGUAUUAGCGCCUCCUUAUCCGGGUGCCUAGUUGAAUUCUAGACCAAUUUACGACGCAACGCGCGACAUUACCCCAGUUCGUGGCAGCAAUAUCGAUGAAUAACCUUCUUGUUAAUGAAAUGCAAUAAAUAUUAUUUCAAUACCA